AUGCGUGAGCGCAAGAACAUCACGCUCGUCCGCAAGCCCGUCAAGGUCCUCAUGCUCUUCGCCCAAGUCUGCCUCGACGGGUGCCGAAGAUCCUUCGACUGGCUCAUCCACCACCGGGUGCUCUUCUACCCUCUCAUCAUCUCCACGCUCGUGUACGCCUACCUCGCCAGCUUUCCCGGACCGUGGACCCCCGCGGUUGUGGAGGUAAGGUACAACUUCGAGUUCCUCGUGUGGUGGGUCGGCCUGGGCGUGCUGUCGUCCAUCGGGCUUGGCACCGGCAUGCACAGCGGCCUCCUCUUCCUCUUCCCGCACAUCCUGAAGGUGUGCAGGAGUGCAGAGGCGUGCGGCGGCGUCGGGUUCGACACGAGGGAGAACAUCUGGUUCGUCAUGAAGGGCGAGGACCUGUUCAAGUGCGAUGGCGCCACCGUGGAAGCCACGUGGAUGAACGUGUGGCUCGCGGUGCUGCCGGCGUGCGUGCUGUGGGGCGGGGGCACCGCCGCGGGUGAGAUUCCGCCGUACUGGAUAUCGUUCCUCGCCGCCAAGGCUGGGGAGGAGAACGACGAGCUCCUCGAGCUGGAGACGGAGGAUAGGAGCGCCAUGAACGCGGUGAAGAAGAAUAUCCACGAGUGGAAGGUGUGGAUGAUUGGGUUUAUGAAGACGCACGGGUUCUGGGGUUUGGUUGCCAUGGCCGCCUGGCCAAACGCGGCUUUCGACCUCUGCGGCAUCUGCUGCGGGACGUUCAUGAUGCCUUUCUGGCACUUCUUCGGGGCGACGUUCAUCGGUAAGGCGCUGAUGAAGGCACCGGCACAAGGGGCGGUGUUCUCCACGCUCUUCAGCGAGGGGCCGAGGAUGGCGGUGGUGCACUUUAUCGCCGAGCUGUUUCCCCGCGGGUGGGGCGUCCGCGAGAUUCUCGACGCCGGCGCAGCCAAGGCGCUCAACAAGAUGUCGAGCGGCGCCAAGGGUUCCGCCGCGAAGGCGGUCGCCUCGGGUAUCUCUCUUUCGGACGCGUGGGGCGUAUUCAUUACCGUGGUGGUGGUUUACUUCGCGGCGUCGUGCGUAGAGCAGAUGGCACAGAUGAAGCAGGGGUACAUGGACAGAGAUGAGGUUGCAAAGGUUCACGGGUUCAGGCGCAGCAACCGGAGGAGCCUCGGUACUCCGGCGAAGAAGUACCAGUGA